AUGACACUUAUUUUUACAAGACUUUCACUUUCUAUUGAUCAAUACACUGAUGCAUUUAUUCUUUUUUCCCCAUUUCAGCUUAUAAGUGCAUAUGCAUUCUCAAUCAUGACACUUAAUAUUCUGAUAAUGACUUUCAUGGUGUCUCCAAUAAUCAACGUCAUUUACAGGCCAAAAACGGCCUAUAGGAUGAACCUGCUAAGGACCAUACAAAACCUUGGGUUUCAAACAGAAGUUCGAAUCUUGGUUUGUGUGCACAAUCCUCGCCAUGCCAGCGGAAUGGUGAAUAUCCUAGAAGCCUUAAGUGGUAUCAGUGUCUCCUCUUUGCGAGUGACAGCAGUUCAACUCGUUGAGCUCAAAGGUCGUGUCACUAGCCUUGUCUCUGCUCAACUCGAGCAUCAAAGCUCGCUCGGAUUCUCACAAUCACAGUCACAAUCACAAUCAUUUGAGGACAUGGAAACGAUAGCAAGUCAUUUCCAUUUCUUUGCACAAGUGCAUAGCGGCAACCAUGCUGAAACCAGCAUGAUCAUGUCACCUUUCGCAACAAUUAACCGUGACAUAUACAAUCUAGCAAUGGAGAAACAAGCAUCAUUGGUACUCCUUCCUUUUCACAAGCACUGGAGCUCCGAAGGCAACCUAGAAGUAACCAAAGAAGUGUUUAGCGAGAUAAACCAGAAUGUGAUGAAAGAUGCGCCAUGCUCCGUGGGGAUCUUCGUUGAUCGCGGCCUUAAUUCAUUGUUGAAUGCCAAUUUGCACAUCAUCAUGUUAUUCAUUGGGGGUCCUGAUGAUCGCGAAGCCUUGGCUAUUGCGUGGAGGAUGGCAGGACACCAUAGGAUACAACUCACUAUGGUGAGGAUUAUUUUGUGUGGCAAGGCUGCAAUGGAGGAUCAAAAAAAGGAAUCUGGCCAUGAGGAACUACUAUCAGCAGUGCUAGAUAAGAAUAAGGAACGAGAGUUGGAUGAUAGCUGUGUGAAUAAUUUUAGGAUUAUGGGAGUGAACAAUAAGGAUACAAUAAAAUAUGAAGAGAGAUAUGUGGAAAGUGAUGAUGAUAUCCCUAGAGUGGUUAAUGAAUUUGAUCAAAAGCGUUAUGAUUUAUAUGUUUUGGGACAAGGGAAAGGUAGGCACUCAAGGGUGUUGUCUGAAAUGUUGGAUUGGACUGAUUUCCCCGAACUAGGUGUUAUUGGGGACUUAGUGGCAUCAAAUAGCUUUGGUUCCUACUCUUCUGUGCUUGUUGUACAGCAAUAUGGGUAUGGAGGAAUGGAAUUUGGUAAAAAUUAUGAGAACAAUCCUAGUUGUUAUCCUCCUCCUAUUCGCAAACCACCUUCAAGGACAAGAUCAUUAAGUAGAAUGUUUUGAAGAAAGAAUAACAUCAAGUACGUAUAGGUUCUGAAUUCUGAUUUGGAAGUGAGAGAGAUUGAAUUGUGUGGACUAAUUGCUUGUACUACUAAGCAUGUAUACAAACCAACCCAGUUUCUUGCUUAUAUGCAUGACCAUACAAUUUUUAGAGCAAAAUCUAAGUAAAUACUGACUUAC